CUAAACAGAGCAUCAGAUCCCCUGAGUGGAAGGAUUUUUUUUGUCUCCGAGCCAAAACUAAGAACCAACACAACAAGAUGGGAAGGAUCGUACUCGCAGUUGUUGCAGUUAUUGCAUCUUUCAUGCUGGUGGAUUCCCUGAACUGUAACAAAUGCAGCUAUGGUCUGCUGGGCUUCUGCAUUAGCAGCUCUGAGAUCACCUGCUCGACCAACACAAGCGUCUGCUUUACCGGCAAAGCAAGUUUCUCAUCCAUCUCUGUGGGCUUCAACACUCAGGGCUGCCGUGAGCCUGCAGGCUGCAACGCAACCGUCAACAGCACCCUGCUGGGUGUCGACUACACGACUAAAAUCGACUGCUGCUCAACAGACAAGUGCAACCCCGUUCAGAUUAGUGGGGCUCCCUCCAGCAAGAUGACCCUCACCGCCGCCCUUGGUGUAGCCGUCCUGGCGUCCCUGUGGGGAAGCAUGUUGUAAUGUGUCCAAUGCAGAAUCAAAAGAAAAAAACAGCUGCUGAAACUCAUUUGUACUAUGAUUAAUUAUACCAAGCAGGGUCCAAAAGCAAUAUUCAAAAUGAACUUUUGGGACCAUAUGAGUGUAUAAGUAUGAUUAUUUAUAUGCUCGUAUGCUGUGACACUCUUUAUUUUCCAUAACUCAGGUAUUGUCAUGACAAGGUUCAGUUUUAUGAUGAAGUUACAUGAAACCCCGAACUAAAACAUGGAAGUUGAUCAAUGGAAUGUUUCAGGGAAACGUUGAGUUCGUAAAUCUUCCAGGCUGUUCUCUUGCUUUUUU